CAGUUUCAUGGUGGCAAGAUUCACCUUCAGACGCCACAAGGUCCUGGGGAAGAAGAGGUCCUGUCUCCCGACAAGGGCGGGAAGCAGUCCCAGGAGCCACCAGAGGCCUUGUCUUGCUGCUGACUGGCAGAAAUGGCCAGGUUGGCCACGCCUGACUCAGACCAGGCUCGCCCCAGGGCUGGGUGGGAGUCAGUGUCCCUGAGCAGCGAGCCCUGAGCAGCAUUGUGGGUCUCAAAGCAUGGAAGGAGUGGGUGCUGGAGAGGCAAGCCAGCCAGCCCACGCCUGGGAGCCCACCCAGGGGACAGCCACAGGUAGCUGCAAAUAAUCUUGUCCGGGUGGAGACCCAGGCAUUCCCACAUGGCCAUGGGGAAGAGUAGGGGUUGGGAGGCCAUGGUGAGAGGGAGGGACACGUGAGGAUCAUGUGGGCAGGACCCCAACACCACAAGGUUGGGGUGGGCUGAGGCAUGAAACUGGAUCGCCCUAGAGUGAAAUGUAAGCUCCAGCACGCUGGCACCACUGACGACACAGGAGCCAUCAAAGUCCAGAAGGGGCCCCGCCGGGCACGCCCCGCUCUUUCGCCAUGGCUGGUGCUGGGCAGGGCCGCGGGUCUGCAGUCUGGGUGCAAGGCUCAGAGUCAUUUCUCUGUGGAUAGGGAGGGCACGGGUGUGCGUUCGCUUCGAGAACCAUUCCCAAAGUCAGACCGCAGCCUCUGCACCAACCAUCGGGGGCCAGUGGCCGCCCGCAGAGCCUCAGGGACCCUGUCCUUUGAGCCCACGCCUAAACCCACAUGGGAUGAUUGGGAGGCGUGGGUGAGUUGGAUGGGAAAAAAUUGGGAGGGGCAAGGGGGGGAUCCAGAAUGAAAUCCAGAAGCGCAGAAGGAAGGCUGUGAGGAGCAGUGGGCCGCCUCCUGCAGGGCUCCCGGAGCCCCUACUUGUCCAGGCUGCCUGGUGAGACCCUGGCUUCUGGUGUCCUUGGCAGGUGCCAGCCUCCCCCGCUGACCCCCAUCACGGGUCAGCAGCUUCCCCCACCGACCACGUCCUUCUGCAUUGACUGCCUCCUGUCCUGCUCUGGCCAGGCCCGUGUUCACACUAGUUCUGUCCAGCCCCAGCCCAUGGUGACCAUCCCGUUACCCAUGGGCAGGAUGCACUCCUCUCAGUGGCUGGCGAGGCACAGCCUGUGCAGGCGCCAUGGGGUCGGGCUGUGAUCGCCUGUGGCCUCCCUGCAGGGCUGUGACGCCCUUACGCAGAUCCAGUGCGGCCAGCUGCAGAGCCGCAGGGCCCAGAUUCACCAGCAGAUUGACAAGGAGCUGCAGAUGCGGACGGGCGCUGAGAACCUCUACAGACCUGCCUCCAUGGGCCUCUGUGCUGGGCUGGAGGUGCCAGGAAACCAGUGUCCCUGCCGGGUGUGCAGCUUGGGAAGCCCCAACAGUGCACGUGGGGGCUUCUCAGAAGAGGCAUGGUUGAGGCUGAGCUGUGGCAGGUGACGGCGCGUCCCAAGGUUGGGGACCUGGGAGGGGGUGGAAGACCUGGGCUGCCUCUUCCUUAGAGCACACCGCCUGUGUGCCACACAUGUGCGUGUGAGUGCCCCUCGGUCCCCUUAGCACCUGCUACCUCCCUGCCCCCAUCCUGGCCUUCCCUGGGGACCUCCGGUCCCUUUGCCAGGCCCUGAUGCAGGCACAGAGAGGGGUGUGGCUCUCACCCACCAUCCAAGGAGUGAUGUUUGAGUGCUGUCGAGGGCUGUAUGAGCCCCAAAGAAAACCGUGGUGCUGAGGAAGGUGCCCCCAGGCCAGAGUCGGAACAUGCAGAGCCACCAGCAACAACCGAGUGAGAGAGACGGUCGCCCUGGAGCUGAGCUACGUCAACUCCAACCUGCAGCUGCUGAAGGAGGAGCUGGAGGAGCUCAGUGGUGGCGUGGACCCUGGCCGGCAUGGGAGCGAAGCUGUCACUGUCCCCAUGAUCCCCCUGGGCCUGAAGGAGACCAAGGAGCUGGACUGGUCUACACCGCUGAAGGAGCUGAUCUCAGUGCACUUCGGAGAGGACGGCGCCUCCUACGAGGCAGAAAUCGGGGAGCUGGAGGCCCUGCGGCAGGCCAUGCGGACCCCCAGCCGGAAUGAGUCGGGCCUGGAGCUGCUCACAGCCUAUUACAACCAGCUGUGCUUCCUGGAUGCGCGCUUCCUCACCCCUGCCAGGAGCCUUGGGCUCUUCUUCCACUGGUACGACUCGCUUACUGGGGUCCCGGCCCAGCAGCGUGCCCUGGCCUUCGAGAAGGGCAGCGUUCUCUUCAACAUCGGUGCCCUCCACACGCAGAUUGGGGCGCGCCAGGACCGCUCCUGCGCCGAGGGUGCCCGCCGCGCUAUGGAGGCCUUCCAGAGGGCUGCUGGGGCCUUCAGCCUCCUGAGGGAGAACUUCUCCCAUGCGCCGAGCCCAGACAUGAGCGCUGCGUCCCUCUGCGCACUGGAGCAGCUCAUGAUGGCCCAGGCCCAGGAAUGUGUGUUUGAGGGCCUCUCACCACCUGCCUCCAUGGCUCCCCAAGACUGCCUGGCCCAGCUGUGCCUGGCGCAGGAGGCCGCCCAGGUGGCAGCCGAGUACAGGCUAGUGCACCGGACCAUGGCCCAGCCACCCGUCCACGACUACGUGCCUGUCUCCUGGACUGCCCUGGUGCAUGUCAAGGCUGAGUACUUCCGCUCCCUGGCCCACUACCACGUAGCCAUGGCCCUCUGCAACGGCUCCCCAGCAACCGAGGGAGAGCUCCCCACGCACGAGCAGGUCUUCCUGCAGCCCCCCACCUCCUCUAAGCCCCGAGGCCCUGUGCUGCCGCAGGAGCUGGAGGAGCGCAGGCAGCUUGGCAAGGCACACCUGAAGCGUGCCAUCCUGGGGCAGGAGGAGGCGCUGCGGCUGCACGCCCUGUGCCGCGUCCUGCGCGAGGUGGACCUGCUUCGGGCUGUGAUCUCCCAGACGCUGCAGCGCUCACUGGCCAAGUAUGCGGAGCUCGACCGUGAGGAUGACUUCUGUGAGGCUGCCGAGGCCCCGGACAUCCAGCCUAAGACCCACCAGAAGCCAGAGGCCAGGAUGCCGCGCCUGUCCCAGGGGAAGGGGCCUGACAUCUUCCAUCGGCUGGGGCCCCUGUCUGUGUUCUCAGCCAAGAACCGGUGGCGGCUGGUGGGGCCCGUCCACCUGACCCGAGGAGAGGGCGGCUUUGGCCUCACGCUUCGGGGAGACUCGCCUGUCCUCAUCGCUGCCGUCAUUCCAGGGAGCCAGGCCGCGGCGGCUGGCCUGAAGGAGGGCGACUACAUUGUGUCAGUGAAUGGGCAGCCAUGCAGGUGGUGGAGACACGCGGAGGUGGUGACGGAGCUGAAGGCUGCGGGAGAGGCGGGCGCCAGCCUGCAGGUGGUGUCGCUGCUGCCCAGCUCUAGGCUGCCCAGCUUGGGGGACCGCCGGCCUGUCCUGCUGGGCCCCAGGGGGCUUCUAAGGAGCCAGAGGGAGCAUGGUUGCAAGACCCCGGCAUCCACAGGGGCCAGUCCCCGGCCCCUCCUCAACUGGAGCCGAAAGGCCCAGCAGGGCAAGACUGGAGGCUGCCCCCAGCCCUGUGCCCCAGUGAAGCCAGCUCCGCCCUCAUCCUCGAAGCACCCAGGGUGGCCGUGAGGGCCAGGCUCCCUGCACGCCUCAGCCCUGGCUCCAGCUGGCAGCGAGCACCGAGCAUGCCCUCCCCACCCAGAGGACCUCCAGGCAAUGCCUGUCCCGCCUCAUGCUGGAGGCUGCCUCAGGCACCUGCCUACCCAUUAAAGACUGGUCAGACCUGUGUGAGCCCA